AAACCUAAUUCUUUCCAUACAUUGGUUCGUUCCACAAGUUUAGCACCCUCAGAGAACGUUCAUAUGUUUACAUGUAUAAUCUAUGAAAUUAAAAAAAUCUUGUUCAAACUUUCAACUUGACAAUUCAAAUUAAAUUGAAGUCUCCAGCAAUGUCACUUUGGUGGCGAAAUAUAAGGAGAUCACUUAACAGGCAACUAAGCCAUCUCUAUUGCAAAGAUAUUAUUGCUGAAAAAUCAGGUCAUUUAAUACGUUAUCAUUCAUCAUUGAAGCACAAGAUUUCUAAUGUUCCUCCGGAUAUACGUAAAGCAAACAAGAACAUCACAAAUUUGAUUCGAAAUGGUCGAUUAAAUGACGCGAAAAGAUUAUUCGAUAACUUAACGAAUCGAAAUACAGUUACAUGGAACUCAAUGAUUAGUGGGUACGUGCAACAACGUGAGAUUGUUAAAGCACGACAACUGUUCGAUGAAAUGCCUCAUAGAGAUGUUGUGUCUUGGAAUUUAAUGGUUUCUGCUUAUUUGUCCUGUCAAGGGAACAGGUAUUUGGAGGAAGGUAGAAACUUGUUUGAUGAAAUGCCUGGAAGAGAUUUCAUUUCUUGGAACACAAUGAUUAGCGGGUAUGCUAAAGCUGGGAAAAUGAGUGAAGCAUUGGAGCUUUUUAACUCUAUGCCUAAGAAGAAUGUUGUGUCGUGGAACGCGGUCAUUUCGGGUUUUUUGCGUAACGGGGAUGUGAAAACUGCUGUUGAGUAUUUCAAGAGAAUGCCGGAGAGGGAUUCGGCUUCGCUUGGUGUGCUUGUAUCGGGUUUGAUCCAGAAUGAGGAGUUGCAUGAGGCCGAAAAUGUUCUUUAUGAAUUUGGAGAAAGCAAUGAUGGGAAAGAAGAUUUAGUUCAUGCUUAUAACACUUUGAUUGCUGGAUAUGGUCAGAAAGGAAGGGUUGAUGAUGCUAGAUGCCUUUUUGAUAAAAUCCCAUCUUGUAGUGGUCAAGGAAUUAGCAGAAAGAAGAGAUUUGAGAGAAAUGUGGUAUCGUGGAAUUCGAUAAUCAUGGCUUAUAUAAAAGCAGGAGAUGUGGUUUCUGCGAGAGAGCUUUUUGAUCAGAUGACGGAAAAGGAUACAUUUUCAUGGAACACAAUGGUUUGUGGAUAUGUCCAUGCUUCAAAUAUGGAUGAAGCAUCAAACCUGUUUUCUAAAAUGCCAAAUCCUGAUGUACUGUCAUGGAAUUCAAUUAUCUCUGGAUAUGCACAGACGGGAAAGUUGGAAUUGGCACGUGAUUAUUUUGAAAGGAUGCCCCACAAGAAUCGGGUUUCUUGGAAUUCCAUGAUCUCUGGGUGUGAAAGAAAUACCGACUAUGAAGGAGCAAUAAAGUUAUUCAGGGAGAUGCAACAGGCAGGAGAGAAACCUGAUAGACACACACUCUCCUCACUUCUAAGUGUUUGUGCUGAAACAGUGGCGUUGUUUCUAGGUAUGCAGAUUCAGCAGUUAGUAACAAAGACUAUUAUACCGGAUAUACCUUUGAACAAUUCUCUAAUAACUAUGUACGCAAGAUGUGGCGCGAUACAUGAAGCAAGGAUAAUUUUUGAAAAGAUGAAAUUUCAAAAAGACGUAAUCUCAUGGAAUGCGAUGGUUGGAGGAUAUGCAUCUCAUGGUUUUGCAUUUGAAGCCCUAGAGCUUUUUGAAUUAAUGAAGCGCCUUAAAGUGAGGCCAACUCGCAUCACGUUCAUUUCAGUUCUGAAUGCGUGUGCUCAUGCUGGUUUAGUGGAACAAGGUCAGUUAUAUUUUAAAUCUAUGGACUCUGAAUUUGGCAUCAAACCUGAGGUUGAGCAUUUUGCCUCCCUUGUGGAUAUUGUUGGUCGCGACGGACAGCUUGAAGAGGCCAUGAAAGUGAUUAACACUAUGCCAGUGGAGCCAGAUAAGGCUGUCUGGGGUGCAGUAUUAGGUGCUUGUAGGGUGCACAACAACGUUGAGUUGGCUCGAAUAGCAGCUGAAGCACUAAUGCGCCUGGAACCAGAGAGUUCAGGUCCUUAUUGUUUGCUAUAUAACAUGUAUGCCGAUGCUGGAAGGUGGGAUGAUGCAAAUGAAAUCAGAAUUUUGAUGGAAACAAAUAAUAUAAGGAAGGAGCCCGCUUAUAGCAGGGUGGGCUCAACUUCCUCAUAGUGAUUUCUCAAAUUGUAAUUUUUUAUCACACGAUGAAUUUGGAUCAAGUUGGCAAUGUUGGGGUUCAAAUCAAUAGAUGGAAAAUGUAUUGUGCAGUAUCCUGCUGAGAGUUUGCAGUAUUCUUGCUUGGACUAAUAAUACAACAAUGCUGUUCAAUGCAAAUUGAUGUUUUGGAGCAUUUAAGUCUGCAGUUUUAAGUCUUGGAGUUCAAAGAAUUGUGCAUAGUGAAUAAGAGUGGGCCAAAAGCUUGUUUCAUGAAGAAACACCCCGAACACAUGCAUGGACUCUACUGAUAACAUCACAUGAUAGCAGGUUAGGCACGCUGUUCUCUGACAUCAAGCAUUUCCAACUGAAAAAUAAGAUAAAGAGACCAAAGCUUAUUAGGAUGGAGGACGUUAACAUCAGUGAGAAUGCUCCAACUUCCAGAUGAACCUGUGGGGUUUGAGGAUGAUGCUGAGAAGCUAAUUUAUCUACUGACUUGAGGAACACAAAAUUUGAAUAUUAUUUCUAUUGUUGGCAUGGCUAUUCAGGGAAGACAACUUUGGCCACAGAGAUUCAAAGAUUCUUCUCGCUUUGAUAUUGGGACUGGUGUACUAUCUCGGGAACAUAUACUAUUAAGUGACAUCUUUGGGCAAGUCACAGGUGUUAAGCGCCAUGUGCAUCCCAGUGACGAAAUAGCUGAUAUGCUGCCUAUAUGUUUGAUACCCAAAAGAUAUCUCAUUAUCUUGGAUGAUAUAUGGUAAGUCGAGGCAUGGGAUGAGUUAAGAUUAUGUUUUUUUUUCCUUACAGUUAAGAUUAGGUUUCCCAAUUGGUGGAAAUGGAAGCAGAAUUAUGUUAACAAGUCGACUUAAACAAGUGGCAGAGGAAGUCACGCGACAUAAUUGUCUUCGAUCCCUGACUGCAGUCGAGAGUUGGAAAUUGUUGCAGAAGUAUUUGAAAAGGAAAUUUGCCCCUGAACUCCGGGCUCUGGUACAAGUUUCACAAUAUUGUUAUGAACUGCCUCUUACAGUUGGCUUAAUUGGCGAAAUUAUUGCAAAGAGAAAAAGGAACAUCCCAGAGUGGUGUGAAGUUGCAGACAACUUGAAGUCCCAUGUUGGUGUAGUUGAAAAUUAAAGCAGCUUGGCAGUAAAGUUAAGCUACUGCUGUUUACCAGUUCAUCUAAGACAUUGUCUUCUAUCCAUGGGAAUUUUCCCAAUUGAUGUUACUCUGGGUGGUCGGGUCUGAAUUUUAUUUGGGAUUGAUUUUAAUUUAAUUUGGGCUAUUUUAAGUUGGCGACGUGGACCUCUAAUUAGAGGCACGUGUAAAAUCUGGUAUUUUAAAACCAGCCUUCUGAGCUGUUAACGGUAAGUGGCAUGGAUGAGCCAUUUCGAUCACGACGAUGACAUAAAUGAGCCCAACUAUUAAUGAGUGGCAUAAAUGAGCCAUUUCGGAUAGUUCGAUGGCAUAUUUAAGCCUUUUCCCUAAAU